AUGCUCAAGGCUGCGGCUCCCGUCGCCGUCCUCCUCACCAGCUGGAUCAUGGGCGUCGCCACCCCCUCCAUGAAAACCUUUUACAAUAUUCUGCUUAUAAUGGCUGGCAUCGUUUUUGAGGCCGUACGGCUGGUGAUGGUCCAGGUCCCGUUGGAAGGCGACGAGAACGCACAGCAAAUGGACCCUCUCGUUAGUCUAUACUAUUACGCCCCAGUUUUUGCCGUCAUGAAUCUGUUUGUCGUAUGGGCAAGCGAGUUCAAGACCUUUCAGAUGCAGGAUCUUGACAGAGCAGGUUUCCCCAUGCUGCUGCUCAAUGCCGCCUUCGCCUUUAUGCUCAAUGUCUCGAGCGUCUUUCUGAUCGGCAAAACAUCUGGCCUCGUCAUGGCACUUACUAGCAUCCUCAAGAACAUGUUUCCCAUUUUAGCCUCGACCAUUAUCUGGCAUACGAGCAUAACAUUCAUGCAAUCUUUUGGCUACAGCAUUGCUUUGUUUGGUCUCCUUAUCUAUUCAAUCGGCUGGGAUCAACUUAGGGCCUUAAAAAUUAGUAGGACGCUGAUAUGA